CCACCACCACCACCAUGUCCGAAGCAGGCCCAUCACGCCGCAGGCACGAGGCCGAGACGCAGACACAGACCCAGUCGGCGACGAUGAACGGCACGCGCAAGCGCCGCCGCAAGACGCUCGGCGACGACGUGUUUGCGCGCCAGGAUCCAGAGGAAGUCGAGCGCAUGGCGCAGGGAUACCGCGACCUGCAGCACACGGCUGAUGACCUCAAGGCGAACAUUGAGAACACCAAGGUUGCCGACCUGAGCCGCGUGAUCGGCGAGUCGUCCAAGCUGUUCAAGAAUGUCAAGGACACGACGCUCGCGAGUGCAGACGCGCGCCUUAUGGCAACGACUGCCGAGACGGCAGCCACGCUUGCACGGCGCAUGAAGCUGAGCAGCUCGGCAUUCGACGUCGACUUGUACCUCACUCGUGUACAGCUCCAACUCGGCCUCAACCGCCCCGAGGUUGAAGACCUCGACGAUGACGACGACGAGGACCAGCGUCAGCGCAAUCGCGAUCGCGCUCGGCGAGGAAGGCUGGGCGACUGGGAGAAGAUUGGCUGGAUGGCGGCCAAGCUCUACCGCCGCGUGCCGGGCAUCGAGUUCAUGUAUGGCCCGCUGAGCGUCGAGCACAAGAAGCGGCCGGCGACGAAACGCGCCCCACGGCAGGCGUUGGCGGCAGAGACGCGCCCAGAGGAGAUCCAGACCCAGCGUAACGGUCCAGCACCAAAAGACAUCACCACAGCUAAUGUGCGUACGGUCGCGAAUGCGCUCAACGAGGUGGACCCCGAUCGCGAGGGCAUCAACUUUUUCCGCUUCGUCAUCAACCCCAACAGCUUUUCGCAGACGGUCGAGAAUGUGUUUUACGCGAGCUUCCUGGCCAAGGAGCAGCGUCUAGAGAUUGAGGUGAAGAAUGAUGGCGAGAUCAUUGCUCGCGCUCGUGACCCGCCCGGGGACGACACGGACCACAGCGAGGCAAGCAACCAGGCGGUGAUUGAGCUCGACAUGGCCACGUGGGAGGACGCUAUCGAGGUGUUCAAGAUCAAGGACUCGAUCAUCCCCAACCGCGAGGCGCUGCAGACACAGGGGGCGUCGGGGCGGUGGACGGCGUACUAG